CCAAGGAGCCUGUCACAUGAGCUGCACUCCCGCUCCGCUCUCCCUCCUCCCGGCUGGGCUGUGUGAAUGAAGCUCUGCGGGCUACGUGGGGCGCUAGCUCUACUGGCCGUGUGGAACGCCAGAGCCAACUGAGCGCGCUGCCCACCGCCGGUGGACACGGGCUCCGCUGCGCCGGACCUCGGUGACAGAACAAAUCAGUUGCCUGGAGUUGGAUGUGUCCCUGUGAUAACUUCAGUGGAAGUUGCACGGAGUAAAUGAGGGAAACCCAGAAGUUGAAGCAUUAAAAACCAGUUUGAGUGCCUUAGAAUCUUGCAGAAAGCAGAACUGCACAGUUCCAUUUCCGUCUACACCCUCCUUUAAGUCCCCCUGCCAAACUGGGAGCCUCUGGGAAGCUCUGAUCCUGUGACCCCAGUGUGGGAGAAGAUAGUACAGGAUGGCCAUGUGGCAUGGAGCCAUGGAUAACAGAGGCUUUCAGCAGGGGAGUUUUAGUAGCUUCCAGAGCAGCUCUAGUGAUGAAGACUUGAUGGACAUCCCAGGGACUGCUAUGGAUUUCUCCAUGAGAGAUGAGGUGCCUUCUUUAGAUCGAGAAAUAGAAGGGCACAAGUCAUACAAUGGUCGUGGAAUAGGCCCUUCAAAUAGAAUCAUGGACUUCUUGGAGGAGCCAAUCCCCGGUGUAGGGACUUACGAUGAUUUCAACACAAUUGAUUGGGUGAGAGAGAAAUCUCGGGACCGAGAUAGGCACCGAGAGAUUACCAAUAAAAGCAAAGAAUCAACCUGGGCCUUAAUUCACAGUGUGAGCGAUGCGUUUUCUGGCUGGUUGUUAAUGCUCCUUGUUGGACUUUUAUCAGGCUCCUUAGCUGGCCUGAUAGACAUCUCUGCUCACUGGAUGACAGACUUAAAAGAAGGGAUAUGCACAGAGGGAUUCUGGUUUAACCAUGAACACUGUUGCUGGAAUUCCGAGAAUGUCACCUUUGAAGAAAGAGACAAAUGUCCAGAAUGGAAUAGCUGGUCCCAGCUUCUCAUCAGUACAGAUCAGGGGGCCUUUGCCUACAUAGUCAAUUAUUUCAUGUAUGUCCUCUGGGCUCUCCUGUUUGCUUUCCUUGCCGUAUCUCUUGUCAAGGCAUUUGCACCUUAUGCCUGUGGCUCUGGAAUCCCUGAAAUAAAAACUAUCCUGAGUGGUUUCAUUAUUAGGGGCUAUUUGGGUAAGUGGACUCUUGUCAUCAAAACUAUCACUUUGGUGCUGGCAGUAUCAUCAGGCUUGAGCCUGGGCAAAGAGGGCCCCCUAGUGCACGUGGCUUGCUGCUGUGGGAACAUCCUGUGCCACUGCUUCAACAAAUAUCGGAAGAAUGAAGCCAAGCGCAGAGAGGUCUUAUCAGCUGCAGCAGCUGCUGGUGUAUCUGUAGCCUUUGGGGCCCCUAUUGGUGGAGUAUUAUUCAGCCUGGAAGAGGUCAGCUACUAUUUUCCCCUCAAAACACUAUGGCGUUCAUUCUUUGCUGCUCUGGUGGCAGCAUUCACACUCCGCUCCAUCAAUCCAUUUGGAAACAGCCGCUUAGUUCUAUUUUAUGUGGAGUUUCACACCCCAUGGCAUCUUUUUGAGCUUGUGCCAUUCAUUGUGCUUGGCAUAUUCGGUGGCCUUUGGGGAGCCCUAUUUAUCCGCACAAACAUUGCCUGGUGUCGGAAGCGCAAAACCACACAGUUGGGCAAGUAUCCUGUGGUAGAGGUACUCAUUGUGACAGCCAUCACUGCCAUCUUGGCUUUCCCCAAUGAAUAUACCCGGAUGAGCACGAGUGAGCUCAUUUCUGAGCUGUUCAAUGACUGUGGCCUUCUGGACUCCUCCAAGCUCUGUGAUUAUGAGAACCAUUUCAACACAAGCAAAGGCAGUGAGCUGCCUGACAGACCGGCUGGUGCGGGAGUCUACAAUGCCAUGUGGCAGCUGGCUUUGACACUCAUAUUGAAAAUAGUCAUUACUAUAUUCACCUUUGGCAUGAAGAUUCCAUCUGGUCUCUUUAUCCCCAGCAUGGCUGUUGGUGCUAUAGCAGGCCGUCUUUUAGGAGUAGGAAUGGAGCAGCUGGCUUAUUACCACCAUGAUUGGGGCAUCUUCAAUAGCUGGUGCAGUCAGGGAGCCGAUUGCAUCACACCUGGCCUUUAUGCCAUGGUUGGGGCUGCAGCCUGCUUAGGUGGGGUGACUCGGAUGACUGUUUCUCUUGUUGUCAUAAUGUUUGAACUGACUGGUGGCCUGGAAUAUAUUGUGCCUCUGAUGGCUGCAGCUAUGACAAGCAAGUGGGUGGCAGAUGCUCUUGGGCGAGAGGGCAUUUAUGAUGCCCACAUUCGUCUCAAUGGAUACCCCUUUCUUGAAGCCAAAGAAGAAUUCGCUCAUAAAACUCUGGCAAUGGAUGUCAUGAAGCCCCGUAGGAAUGAUCCUCUGUUGACAGUCCUUACUCAGGACAGUAUGACUGUGGAAGACAUAGAAACCAUAAUCAGUGAGACCACUUACAGUGGUUUUCCAGUGGUGGUGUCCCGGGAGUCGCAAAGACUCGUAGGCUUUGUUCUCCGAAGAGAUCUCAUUAUUUCAGUUGAGAAUGCUCGGAAGAAACAAGAUGGGGUUGUGAGCACUUCCAUCAUUUACUUCACUGAACACUCACCUCUGAUGCCACCAUAUACUCCACCUACCCUGAAGCUUCGGAACAUCCUAGAUCUCAGCCCCUUCACUGUGACAGACCUGACGCCAAUGGAGAUCGUAGUGGAUAUCUUCCGCAAGCUGGGACUGCGACAGUGCCUGGUUACACACAAUGGGCGUUUACUUGGAAUCAUUACAAAAAAGGAUGUGUUAAAGCAUAUAGCACAGAUGGCAAACCAAGACCCUGAUUCCAUUCUCUUCAACUAGAAUUGUGGUAUUGUUUUGGAUAUAAAAGAAGAAUAUUGUGGACCAUGGAUAUAUUUUAUUAACUGGGUACCCAAAACACAUUUCCAUAUUUGGAUGGUGAAGUCAUAUUAGUGUGUGGUCUGUUUCCUACAAGUUAACCAGUUGCACUACAUAAUUUCUGGAAAUCAAUCUCUUUAGGAGAAAAUACAGUUAGGCUUAUGUGAUACUGCAUUAGGAAGGGUUCAAGAAAGAGUAAACAAGAUUGCUAUGGUUUAAUUAUGUUUGUUCUUUAAAAUAUUUCUUUUUAAUUUAAAAAUGAUUGUUAGCCAAUAUGCAAUCACUGAAAACUAUGCAAGAAAAAUUCCAACUAUUCUGACAUAUAGCCUGCAGGAAACUCAUGUAUGCAGGGGGGACUCUAACUGUCAUUGGUGGGAGAUGAAGUGUGAAAGGGCUUUACCUUUCAAGCCACAGAAAGGAAAGCCAGAAGGACAUAACAAUGGCAUUUUCUAGACUGUGAAGAUUCACUUAAGUUUUUACCCCUGUUACAGUAUCUAGCGUUAUUAGUUUUGUUAUGUUUACCUUCUCAUUAGAAGACAGUGCUGCUUUGGUUAAUCUCCUCCAGGUGAAGUAGAGGGGUUGACCUUGAGAGCCUGCUGCUCUUGGUCUUUUGAUGUGCACAAAGUUAAGUUACAGAGCUUUCUCCUUGGCUGCAGAAAGGCUAAUUUUCCAAAUGGCAAUGCUAGCUAGUAGACGAGGACCUCAUUAGGAAUUUAUUAGUUAGCGAGGAAUUAUUUCUUCCGGUUUUCUUGAAAUGAAGAUAGGUAAACUCUGAGCAAAUGUCGGUGACUAGGAAAUUCACAUUUUGUGAGGUCCUAACCAAAUCUCUUACCCAGAUGCCACCUUCAUGGAUGAUGGUGCUUUAGGCUUCUGGAAUAAGAACAGUAUAUGGAAGUGAGUCUAAGUUGAUUACUGGUAAAGCAGGGAGAUUUAGACCUGCAUCAAUUUCCUGAUGCUUUCCUUUGAGAAGACAGCCAGUACUAAAAUAACUGGAUACUCCGCCUAGUGUGGAGCAUGCAGAACAGGCCAUUGGUCCUGUGAGCAUAGAGUAGGCUUGAGCUACUUCCAUGUGGAAGGAACUGGAACAGGAAAGGCAACAGUAGCUACCUUGAGGUGCCAUCCUUGGAAAUCUAACUAAAAUGCAGAGCCAUCCUAAAACCUAGGUAUAUGGAUGUGGCCUGAUGACACCAAAGGUGCUUGUACCCAGUUCAAAAGGUGCCUGUCUCAAUUUCCUACCACAUUGGUGGCAGUUUAAAAAAAAUCACAUGAUAGAAGCACCUGGUAGAAUUAAAGAACUACCACCAGCAUUCUGACUACUCUUUCAUCUUCUCUCAUAUUCUCUCUUCAUUCUGUUUACCUUUCUUCUCAGCACUGAAUCUUCUGUAGGAUGGAACAGUAAGCUUAAUCAUUCCUAAUAACAACAAAGAUACCUACUAGGGUUAGUUAGAUUGUAAACCAAAGCUCAGCAGUCUCACAGCACUUGGACUAGAGGUGACACCCAGCCUUUUUGUUUGCCAUGUGGCCCCACUGCUACUGCCACGCCUCUGUUUCAGUCUAAGAUGCCCAUGGUAGCGAGACCACGCUGUUGGGUAAGACUUCAGCCUUGUUCAUCUUACAACUCUGUUCCUAAUAUUUCCUACUAUCCUUAUAGUCCAGAAUUAGCGGCACUUGGCACAUUCCCGUGUUUAACCAACACCUCCCAAGCAACUCAGUGUACCUCAUUUUAAAAGUUGUUGAUCCACAAGUCAAGGACUUUUUUUUAACCCCGGGUUUCAUCAUUCCAAAAUAAAAAAAAUUCUUUUAUUAUCCAGGGCUGAGUAGCCAAGGCAUAUUUUGAUUUUUAUCUUUACUAUAUCAAAGUAGCGACCAGAGUUCCUCCUUUUAAGUAUAUUGCUCUGGCAUUUUAAUGAAAAAGAAUGCUUCAGGGAAUGUGGUAUCAUAAUCAUGGCUUUGUGGCUUUAUGUCUUGUCUCCUCUGUACCACUGCAUUCUUUGUAUCAGAUGAGACUCUGCCUGACCACCCAGUGUAUUGUGUGGAGAUCAGAGUUCUUGCCUGUACAUUUCAGGUUCAGUCAAGACCUUUCAUUAGUGGCCCUGCCUCUGUAAGCAUUACAAAGCAAGAAACAUUGCUAUGUCUGGUACUUGAUGACAAGGGCAGGUUUGGUCAUAUCUCAUAGAGCAGCAGUGACAUGGAGAGUAUCUUGUUUGCCUUUGCAUCUCUUCUAGUUUAUUGCUUUUUUCUUCCUUAUACACAGAUAGCCAGUGUUAAGGUGCUACUUCAGAGAAUAAAUCUAAGAAAUCAGAUAACACUGUGCAAAUGGAUAAUUUCUAGAUGCUAAGCACCAAUGGGCCCUCCAGAUAAUUGGCAAUAUCCCAUGAUACCUCAUUCCUUAGUUUCAGCUUAGUUUCUCAGGAAUCCUUUUAGCUUGUAUGCUAGAAAUAGCUGUAGUGUAUGGUGUCCAUUGUAUGUUGAAUCCUAUGAUUUAGCUCAAAGUUUAGCGAGCCUAGCACCUUGACACACAAUGCUUCUUGUCUUGAGGUAAAGGGAAGUUCUUCCUGUCAUUGCCAUUCCAUUCUAUCAGUUAGAUAUUCCUAAAAACAAAACAAAACAAGAAUUAAAAAAAAAAAAACAGUAAAGGAAAGUCGGCUAGUAGCUUCAAAUGACUACAUACCUCAAUGGUAAAAUACUGGAUAAUUUAAUAUUUUAAAAUGAAUUUAGACAAGUUUAUUUUAGUACUGGAAAAGGAAAUAGCAUGGUGUAAGGAAAAUGUUUACAGAGGAACGCCAAUAAAUGCCCCAAGAGUGUGAAUUUUCCAAGGAAAUAAAACUGGAAGAAGUCUAGCCACAAAGCAAAUUCAUGGAUUUGUGAAACUUGUAACUGCUAAAUUUUAUAUCUUUACACCUUCAAUGGAAAGAACUUUUUUUUUUCCCCAGAGCUGAGGAUUGAACCCAGGGCCUUGAGCUUGCUAGGCAAGUACUCUGCCACUGAGCCAAGUCCCUAACUCCCAAUGGAAAGAACUUAAUGAGAGAUUUUCAUAGUUAGCUCAAUUGGAGACAACAAACUGAGGCCUGGCAAUGUGAAGUAAUAGCUGUUAAAUAUUAUUUCUACUUUGAUAUUUGGUUAAAAACAGCCAAAUUGCAAUAGCCUCUUGUUUCUGGUACCAGGCUGUCGCUGCAAAGUGAUGUAGUCCACAGAACAGAGUACCUCUGGUGGAUUAGAUGAAAUUGAUGAUACUUGAAAUUGUCCAGCUGGCACAGCAGACAAUUCAUUUGCUAGUUUAACUGCAAAACAGGCCCAUUGUUUUGGCACUAAAGUCGAAAUCGAAACUCUUUACAGGAUGAGCAGGGGCCUUUCUAAAAAGAUCAGUCUCUGAAUGUGUGGGCUCAACAUUACUGUUCGAAAACCUUCAUCUUUGCAACUGCCUCUGGGAUUGUUAGAGUUCUCUUUGGGGGAGGGGGAGGCAUUGAAGAUGAUGACACUAGAAGAAACCUGCUUAACAAAAUCUGGGUGGCGCUUGGAAGUAUGAAGAAAGCCAUCCUGUUUCCCAACCCAUGCAUCUUAGCAUAAGGUAGGCAGAAGUGCUUAAUUAUGUGCCUCAAAAGGAAAGAAAGGCAGAUCAUACUUAAGUCCAGGAUUCCCAAACAAACUAGAGCCUCAAAGCACUAUUUGGUUUAAGGACAGUCUAGUUUUGUGGAGAGGGUCAACCUAAGUCAUUUACUCUAGGAGGAACAUACCAUGCGAAUAUCUAGAUGAUAAACGUUUGACCAUUUUUGUUUUAAGCCUCCCUACUUUGUCCUUAUUCUGUAUUGAAAAUCAGCUGUUUUCUCCCAUUGCAGCUCAAGAGCUGUGUAAGUUUGGAGAUGAGUGGGCACAACAGUGCUGGGCAAUUGCUGGGCUUUGCAUCAGUUUCAGUCAUUUGUUCUAAGGAGAAAAGUUCUUGGAAAAGAAUGUACUAACAAUUUCAGGCUACUCCCUAUACAUUUGCUGCCCACAUCCUCAUUACUAAGCAUCUGCAUCUGGGCAAAGUUAUGAAGAGAUGAAGGGAAGAAAAGGAGUUUUUCUGUGAUGUUUCUACGAUUUUGCCAAAUCCUGCAAGGAGGAUGUGAUAUGUGGACUUUUCUCUCUCUCUCUCUCUCUCUCUCUCUCUCUCUCUCUCUCUCUCUCUCUCUCUCCUUUCCUUUCUCUCUGUCUCUUUCUCCUUCCCUGUCUUCCUCUUUCUCUUCCUCUCUCCUUCCCUCCCUCUCUCUGUAUUUCUCUCCCUCCAUCUAUCCUUUCUUUUUUUCAUGGGGACUAUCAGGUUACCCAGUUCAACCCAACCAUAUAGUCAAAAAUUCCUACCUCUAAGUUGCUACCAAAGGGUCUUUGGCCUGCAUGUGCACACUUGUCAAAUGAAUACCCUGACUAAUGUUUGGCCUUUUGAGGAGAAAUUGUGUGAUGGUACAUAUAAGGCAGAAAGGCAAUCUGCUUCUGCCUCUGCCUCUUCUUUUGUUCCCCCUACCAUGUGUAUCAUAAAUUAAACUCCUCCCCAAUUUUAUGAGCAUGUUGUUUUAAUAUGGACUUUGGUGGGUAGGAAGAGGAUGAUCCUGAGAAGAGAAUCAAAACUCCUCAGUUGGUGAGAGGCCAUGGUAGUUUUCUCACUCCACAGUAGGAGCCAAAGCCAGCAAAACUUACUGGGAGUGCUGAGGGCUUUAGCUGUAUUAUAUAUUAGUCCAAAUAUGCUGGUAAUAUGAGUUAGCUUAGGAUUUAAUUAGAAAAAUGUCAUUUAGUGACAUGGGGAAGAAAACAGGACCUGUGAUUUUUUUUCUUUUUAAAUCAAAAUGGGAUUGUUCAGCCUUGCCAUUAAGUAGAGGGUACUUCAGAAUAUAUGAUCCCCUUCCCUCCAUUCACUUUCUCACCUUUCACAUUCCUUUCUUCUCCAUUAUCCUGCCUUUUUAGUAUUCAGCUUUUUAUACAAGUAUUUACUUUUUUUUUUUUUUUUUUACUAUAUAUUUGGUCCUUUGGUACUGUGUGAUGAUUAAAUUGUAUUCCAUUCAAGAUAAAAUUAUAUGUUUGAUAUUUUAUUCUCUUAAAUUGUCUUUUGAAGCUAUGCUGCUAUCCAGGUACAGGCCAGGAAGGAAUUGGGCCUGACAGCAUCUUGGUCAUGUCACCAGAGGGUGACUAUAAUGUCAUGAUGAUGACUCUUCUUGAUUUGACCAAGGCCAGCCUCCUGUUUAUACCUCUGCCCAUUCAUUUCUGGCCAUGGGAAAUAUACCAGCUAUUGGGUGAGCCAUUGAAGCCAGGAGGAUCAGAAGGUCCAGGAACCAGCCCAUGGACACCAUGUGAAUUUCUCUGUAUGAAGCUCAUUUAUAGGGCUGGCUUCAGUCGCAGUAGCCAAAGAAAAUCUGUCUGACUGGACAUUUGAAUUCCUAAGAGUUGGUCAAAGUUGAGCUGAAGCUAACACAUAGAUAUCUGUAGUAGCUUGGCAUCCAGAAAUGAGCUUCAACCAAAGCUAGUACAGUCCAAGUUUCUGCAGGAAGCUUGAUACUGAGCUGUUCAGAUCAGUCUUUUAUCAGAGUGUUGCCAACCCUUCAGCCAUGCUUUUGUAGCUUUUUUCCUCUCCUGCUUAUAGGCACAGUCCAAUCCAAAGCUGUGGCUUACUGCUCACUUUGUUCUGCUCCCUGGUCACGUAUGGUGACAUAGUGUAGAAAGGAAAAAUGAUUGGGGAGUUAGGUGACCUGGUUUGUAUUCCCUAUGCUUCUACUAACUAGCCUCAAGAUCUUAACCGCUCUGUGCCUCAGUGUUCCCAUCUGCAAAAUGGGGAUAGUGUAAAUUUCCCUACCUACCUCACAGGGUUGUUGUGAGGAUAAACUGAGACAAUGAAUGGAAAGCACUUUAACAAGUGCUAUGCAAAUUGUAAGAAAUGGAAACAAUCAUGUUUAAGGCAAUGCAAUGGACAUUAGCAGAAGGGUUAGUGCAAUUGUCCAGCCCUUUCUCUGUGUGGCUUAAAUCUAGGUUGCCAUUGCUUUCUACAUUUUCACUUAGCACAGAUUUGUAAUUAUGCAUGUAAUAAAGCACAGCCUUAUCCAA